AUGAUCCAGGUUUUGUUGACCUCAAAGGGUAUUAGCUUGAAUCCAAUCACCUCCCUUUAUUAUGUUGCGCCUUGCUGUUUGAUCUUCUUGUCUGUCCCAUGGAUUGUUGUGGAGUACCCUGUGUUGAAGGAGACUUCGAGUUUCCAUCUUGAUUUUCUUGUGUUUGGGACCAAUUCGUUCUGUGCAUUUGCCUUGAAUCUGGCCGUGUUUUUGAUUGUUGGGAAGCUGUCUGCUUUGACCAUGAAUGUGGCUGGGGUGGUUAAGGAUUGGUUGUUGAUUGCCUUCUCCUGGUCUGUGAUUAAGGAUGCCGUGACGUCUACGAAUUUGUUGGGCUACGCAUUGGCUUUCUUGGGUGUCUGUUACUAUAAUUAUGUCAAAUAUCAGAAUAUGGUUAAGGCCAAGGAAGCUGAAGAAGCACAGAAGAAGGUGGCCCAGGCUGAUGAAGAAUCCGGCCGGUUGCUUGAGGAGAGAGAAGGCACUGAAGGUUACUUGAAUAAGAAGGAGGACUCACAGGACUAA